CCUGAGUGUGUGUCAGACCUUCAUACUCCCAACAUCAGGGAGAUUCUAAGACAUGGAAGGAAGAAAACCUUCAUGUGGGCUUUUGCUUCAUAUCAUAUGCCUUCUUUGGAGUACUGCCCUGUGCAUGCCCACACCAAAGAUAUUAGUCACAGACUACGAUGUGGACGGUGGACGGGACCGUGACAUUUUUGACAUUAAUGAAGAGGCAGGCUUGAAGCUGGUAGAGGGAGAUAUUGUGCUUGAUGAGAGGCAAACUCGAAAUUCAAUUAUCGGGGAUGAGUACAAGUGGCCAAAGACCAUCCCAUACUACAUGGAAGAUGAUUUAGAGAUCAAUGCAAAAGGUGUGAUUUUAAAGGCCUUUGAGCAGUACCGCCUAAAGACCUGCAUUGACUUCAAGCCAUGGAGCGGGGAAGAACACUACAUUUCCAUCUUUAAAGGGAGCGGCUGUUUCUCUUCUGUCGGUAACCGGCGAGUUGGGAAGCAGAGACUGUCAAUAGGCUCAAACUGUGAUCGUAUCGCCACCAUUGAACACGAGUUCCUUCAUGCGCUGGGCUUCUGGCACGAGCAGUCCAGAUCAGACCGGGAUGAUUAUGUACAAAUCAUGUGGGACCGUAUCUCGGAGGGUAAGGAACACAACUUUAAUACUUACAAUGACACCACCUCCAGCUCUUUGGGCGUACCCUACGACUACGGCUCUAUGAUGCACUACAGUAAAAAUGCCUUCAGGAACGGCACUGAGCCCACCAUCGUCACCAAGAUCCCUGCUUUCAGUGAUGUCAUCGGCCAGCGCAUGGAGUUCAGUGACAGUGACCUGCUCAAGCUUCGCCGCCUCUAUAACUGCACUCAGGGCUCCACCUUCCUGGACUCAUGUGACUUUGAGCGUGAAAACAUCUGUGGAAUGACGCAGGGACAUGGGGAUGAGGCCGACUGGGUCAGGGUCGCCAAAGCUGCUGGAGGGCCUGACAUGGACUACUCCAACAUGGGCAAAUGCACUGGUUCGGGGUACUUCAUGCACUUCAGCACUGGUACAGCCAACAAUGGAGACACAGCUGUGCUGGAGAGCAGGAUACUAUAUCCAAAAAGAGGUUACCAGUGUCUCCAGUUCUUCUACUACAACAGUGCUGGUCCCAGCGACACGUUGACGAUCCAUGUGAGAGAGUAUGACCAAGCCAACCCCAAUGGAACCCUGCGCUUUGUAAAAACCAUCGAAGGAUCCCCUCAGGAGCUCUGGCAGCUGCAUCAUGUGAGUCUGGAAGUCAAAACAAAGUUCAGAGUGGUCUUCCAAGGGGCCAAGAAGGCCUCUGGGCCUGCAGAAGGGGGGCUGUCCCUGGAUGACAUCAACCUUUCUGAGACCACCUGCCCAGAGUUUAUAUGGCGAGUAAAAAACUUCAGUCACAUUCUGGAAACCGCCCCAACCAACCAAUCUAUCUUUAGCCCUCCAUUCACCUCCAAGGAGGGUUAUACCUUCCAAAUGAAGCUGUACCCUAACGGUAACAACCGCCCGGGGGAGUUGUCUGCUUAUGCUAAUCUGGUGGCGCGUGAAGGGGACCCCGAACGGACAUGGCCGUGUCCUUGGAAACAGAUGACCAUGAUGCUGAUGGACCAGCACCCACAUAUUCAGAAACGCAUGUCCAAUCAGCGCAGCGUUACUACCGACCCCACUAUGAAGGCACCAGACUCUGACCUUUUUUUAUGGGAUGAUCCUCGCAAGGUCGGUGUUGAAGUCACAGAUACGGAUGGAUCCAAGUAUUUCCGAGGGCCAGGCGCUGGCACGGUCGUAUAUCUCACCCAGCUCAGAGCCAAGAGCAGAGACUUUAUCAAAGGAGGAGAUGCUAUUUUUCUCCUUACCAUGGAAGAUGUAUCCCAUCUGACAGAGACCCAGCCUCUGCCGACCACAAACCCCCACCCUACCACUCCUUCCCCUGAAGACUGCAACAAUACGGCAUGUCAGAAUGGCGGGGUCUGUGUCGUGUACGAGGGCAAAGCUGCUUGCAGGUGCCGGGUGGGUGACGACUGGUGGUACUACGGCGACCGCUGUCAGUACAGAGGCUCCCAGGAGGAAACAACCACUCUCAUCCUCUCCUCCACUCUGCCUGUAGUGGCAGUGAUGCUCGUGGUUACCAUAGUAACCGCUGUAUGUUUGAAGAAGAAGUACAAGAAACGUGCUAUCGACGACGGCGUUGUCAUGGAAAACACUCACGUUCGUAACUGAAGCUGAACGCACACAGAACUGCGUUUGGGUGACAUUAGAGCGCCAUCUGCUGGCCGUUGACUGCAACAUCAAUGAGGAACAAUCUUGUUUAAAAAUAAAAUAUGUUGAAAUCGAGUUUUCUACAACUAUAAAAAUAAAAGCCAGUUUUGAAGAACAUCUGAAACGGACGUUAUGUUGAAACAAGUCUCGGACAACUUUGCUUAUAUUCACAAAUUUAAAAUUUAUUAUACCAAAGACAGGAACAUUUGCCUCGACUCUUUUUCCAUGUGAAUAUAUUCAUUUGUAUUACUGAACUUGACACAGUUAUGUCGGUGAUAGCAGUUCCUGUAGGAGGGAGGUGGGACUAAAACUACCUGUUAGUGUCCAAUUUACGUGUCUUUGUGUGCGUGUUAUGGCUGUGUGUUUAUGUGUUCAUGCACAGAUCUAUUAGUGUUCAAUAGAUAAGAGUGAUGACUACAGGACAUCACAAUUAAACAAAGUUGGGUAACCCAUAGCGACUUAGUGUGGUUAUAGUGUACGGAAUGUUGGUUUCUGUCCUGCAAUUACACAUUUACAUUUGUGUUUGUGUAUUUGUGGAUCUACACUGUAAUAGAAAAGGGAGGUGACGCCUCCAACAGCAAAUAACACAUUCUCCCCACAACUAAAACUUUCACCGACAUACAGGUAUGCAGUUCCUUUAAAAUCUUCAGUAUACAACAUUUCUCUUAUUUACAGUCAUUGGAAAAAAAAAAAAAGAAAACAAAAUCACCAUUUCUCUCAGAGAAGAUUAGUAAAAGUGACUGAGUCACUAUAAAGAGUAUGCAACUCCUAGGAGUUAGUAUUGCAAAUUUCUACAAAAAAAUUUCUGUGUCAUUUUAGAGGCAAAGAGCCAUGAUUUACUGAAGAAAUGCAGUAUUUAAGUGUCCUAUCUACAACAGUUAGGUGUGGUAUUAAUGGUGUACCAUUCAUCAUAGUUCACUGAUAAUAAAAAGAUUAUGUGUCUUUGUUUCCAAAA